AAAUGUGGGCGGGGAGAGUAAGAAGGAAGCCAAUCUAAACCCUCCAUUUUCUACCAUGUGACUUUGAACCCGGAAUCACAACAACCGCUCCCACUUGUUGAGCUCGUUGACAGUCGGAGGCAAACAGCUGGAGUGUGGAGCUGUUCUCUGACACCAGCCAUGAUGUCGGCUCUGCUCCACGUGUUGCUGCCCUUCCUCUUCUGUGUGAUGGUGGCCAACACCAGCCUGUUUGACGGAGCGGCGGUGGACUUGUCCUACGAUCACUACGCGGAGAGGCGGGUGGAGUCUCUGCCGCUCUUCCUGGCGAUGCCCUGUAACUGUGCGGUGAACGUGCUUUACAUCUUCAUGGGUAUGUACUGGCUGAGGAACAGAGCAGGGGAGGGGCAGCAGAGCCGCUACCUGAGGCAGGUGUUCGCCCUCAUGGCCAUCCUGUACGCGCCUGUGCAGUGGACGCGCUUGGCGGUGCUGCGGCGCGCCCCCGCCGUGCUCGACCAGUGGUUCACGCUCCCGAUCUUCGCGUGGGUUCCGGUGUGGAUCAGCUUCAUCGAGCGCGGCCCGGCCAAGUGGCGCGCGUCUCACGCGGCCGCGGUGGAAGCGUGCUCGCUCCUCAGCUACGGCCUGUCGCUGGUGUACGAGCGCGGCUUCGAGGUGGCGCUGGGCUGUCACGUGGCCCUCGCCGUGUUCCGGGGAGUGCGCGUGCAGCGGACGCACGGGGACGGUCGCACGCGCGCGUACCUGCAGCUGGCGGUGCUGUCGUGCGCGGGCUUCGUGCUGCUGAAGGUGCUGGACCACUGGCUCGCCCAGUACCGACUGUUCCAGCGCUUCACCGGACACUUCUGGUCCAAAGUGUGCGACGUGCUGCAGUUCCACUUCAGCUUCUGCUUCCUGAGCACACUGACGCACAGGGCGCAGGAGAGGAGCGCAGCGCGGCACCGCUGACAUCACUGACCCUAGAACCACCUCACUUCACUUCAUUGUCUAUCCAUCUAUCCAUCUAUCCAUCUAUCCAUUCCAUUCCAUUCCAUUAGGAUCAUAUCUAUCCAUCUGUCGUUCUAUCUGUCACAUUUGUCAUAGAUCAGUUAUAAACCAGUAAUCAGAACAAUGGGUUGACGGGUUGUGUAACAUCCACCACCAUAAAUGCACAGUGGUAUAUUGUUGGAUGUGGAGGUGGAGGUGUGAGUCUCCUCCAAGUCACUAUAACACGAGUUGUCUUAAAACCAAUAAUAACUGCAGAGGAGAAACUAGGAGCCCUGGAUUCAAGACACUUAAACCCUUGCACUUGUUAAUAUUGUAAAUCCAUACUUUUUUAAAAAUGUCAUAAUCAAAUCAUAUUGUGAACAAUUUAUUUUUAUAAUUGUGGAUGAUUGUUACUUUUGUUAUUGCUGCUAAUGAUUACAUUUUAUUGAAUCUUCCCUGUUCCUGUAUUAUUAUUAUUAUGUAAACUCUCUGCUCUAAAAAUGUGAUAAAUAUUUGGAAAGAAUAAAUCAAAUGAAAAAAAGAAAAA